GGCACCGUGUCUGUCCCGUUAGGUGGCACCUCCCGGCCUCAUGGCCGCCUUGCCGUUCAGCCACAGUGCUGGGCCUGGAGCCUCGGGGCUCUGGGGCCUGAGCCGCUGCGUCCUGCUGCUGCUGCCGCUGCUGACCUCGGGUUAUAAAGAAAACACAUCCAUACCAGUUUGCGGCAGACCCUGGUGGUCCAAGGAUUUGGACAUGACCCGCCACUGGCCCUGGGAGGUGAGCCUCCGGCUAGAGAGUGAACACGUAUGUGGAGGGGCCCUCAUUGAACUCAACUGGGUGGUCACUGCUGCCCACUGCAUCCAAGGCACCAAAGAGUACUCAGUGAUCCUUGGCACCUCCAAGCUGAAGCCCAUGCAGGCUUCCUUGAUCCCCGUGAAGGACAUCAUCCUGCACCCCAAGUUCUGGGGCCGGACCUUCAUCAUGGGGGAUAUGGCCCUUCUCCAGCUUCACAGCCCCGCCACUUUCAGCAAGUACGUGCAGCCCAUCUGCCUCCCGGAGCCCAGCUACAACCUGAAGGUGGGGACCCAGUGCUGGGUGACUGGCUGGGGCCAGGUCAAACAGCGCUUCUCAGCUAACUCUACACUGACCACGGAGCUGCAGGAGGCUGAGGUGUUCAUCAUGGACAACAAGAAGUGUGACCAGAUUUAUCGCAAGAAGUCCUUCCUCCCCCACCUUGUCCCCCUUGUCCUGGGGGACAUGAUCUGUGCCACCAAUUACGGAGAGAACUUGUGCUCUGGGGAUUCUGGUGGCCCACUGGCUUGCGAAGUCGAGGGCCGAUGGAUUCUGGCUGGGGUGUUGUCCUGGGAAAAGGCCUGUGCCAAAGCGGAGAACCCAGGCGUGUACACCCGCGUCACCAAAUACAGCAAAUGGAUCAGGAAGCAAAUAGGCAGUGAGGCUCUCUCAGGCCCCCCAGCCUCCGCCUGGCUCCUACUCCUGCUCUGGCUGCUGCAGCCCCAGAUGGGUCCUUAGUCUCCUCUCUCCCUUCUUCUUCCCGUAUUGCCUCUGCCCUAUGGGUCCGGAUCAAGGUUAGACCAAGGUCAUGUGUCUCUAUUCAACAAGAGUCAAGGUGGGGAAAGAGGGGCCCCUGGGGAUGGGGCUCUGCAUCGGCAUCCCAGUGGGGAGAGACACAGAGGAUGACUAUGCCCUGUGUGACUCCAGGAGAAGGAAAGUGUGGCCUCGAAGGGCUCUGGAAUGGGGGACCAGGAGAGCAGGGAUUAAAUUUGUGCAAGUGUGAGCUGGCUCUGUUCUCUUUUGUGGGUGAC